AGAAGGAAAGAGAGGAAUGGAUGAUAAUUUCGUAAAAAACUGAGAUCUCCUUAAUCGAGAGGGCUUAGCUGGAAAUCCUAAAACCCGUCUAAAACCCUAACUUCCAAACCUCCAAAUACAAUUAUUUCCUCUAACUAUAGCAAAUUGGGGUACCAAAAACAACAAAUUGAAGAAUGGACGCAAUAGCAGCAGCUGAAGAGAGGAUAGUUUCAGAAAGAUUAAGGCAAAAACUCAACGACGUCAACACAGCUGCCCAAACCCAACUCGCUGGCAUUCAAGACCAUGUUAAUUUCACCCUUCAGCAAGCUUACUACAAAUGUGCUUACGAAUGCUUUGAUAGGAGAAAGAGGCAAGAGGAAAUAGGGCACUGUGUGGAGCAUUGUAGUGUUCAUGUGCACAAUGCUCAGAAUCUUGUUCAGAAUGAAAUGGCCAAGUUUCAGGAAAGAAUGAACAGGUCUCUAAUGGUCUGCCAAGACAAGUAUGAGACAGCCAAACUUCAGAAGAACAGAAGUGAUGCAACAAAGGAUUUGGAAUCAUGUGUUGACCAGUCGGUUCAUGAUAGCAUCAACACAUUGCCACAUCUGGUUGCAAGAUUAAAAGGUUCUCUUGGCAUCAACAAUUAAAAUAUUGUGGCAUCACCAUGCAGUUGAAGAUAUUGUUGGGGUGGGGGGUUGAAUUCUGAAUUAUUAGUUUUCAGAAAUGGUAUUCUGAGAUGAAAAACUAUCAAUAUUAUUCAAUUUUGCAGACUAUAACAUGGAGUGUUUCUCCAUUUGAUUCUAUGACUUGAAAAAUGACUUGCCAAAA